CUCCUCCGCCCCGGGCGAGCUGAGCCCCGCGGCAACGCCAUGGACAGCGCCGCGGCCGCUCGAUCCCUCCUCGGCCUCUGCCUGCUGCUUUGGAAAAGCGGGAUAACGUCGGGGAGGGAAACACGGCUGACCACGCCGAUAACUCCGCGCGAGACAUUCUCGGAGGAUUUUAUUCACCUGAAAGUUGGGAACAGAAGUUUGCGGAACGGCGUCGGCAUUUCGGUGGCCUAUUUCUGCUCCAAGCCUUGCGUCAUAACUUUAGAAGCGAAAGCCUCCUUCGACUCCAGGAACGCUGUAUCGGUGUACAAGAAACAAUGGAAAGGCCACCGCCGCGUCCGGACGAAUCGAACCCUUUCCUUGACGUUCCCAAAUAGUAUGGUCUUUAGAGACGAUUAUAUUAUCAAGCGAUCGCUGAAUGUAGACUACGUAAUCCUCUACGCCUGGAUUACCCACAAGGAGGCCGCGAUCCACCGCGCUCCUCAAGCAGGAAGCUACUGGCGUGCCGUUGUACGGGACUACAGUUUUUUGGAUCCCGUUCCACCUUUCGAGCGUCCGUACAAGGAACACAAGGUCUGCUUGACCUGGAGCGCGGAACAGGCGUGGAAACGCCAAGCUAAUAGGAUACCGCGGUGUCCUCACGAGAACGAUCGAUAUAACCAUUGUUCAGAAGAAUAUGACUAUCUUUCAACGUCAACUUUUUAAUUUUCAGCAAGAUUUCUAUUACGAUGACACUGGGGGCUACUUGGUUUUGGGGGGCAGUAGAUACGUGCCAGGAGUCAAAGGGUACUUUGGAUCGGUGAAAUACUACCGUCUGAACAACUUAGAGACCAAAAGGUUUUCUCAUCCAUUCUCCAACAAAGAAAUUUCAGAGAAAAUUGAGUUGUACUAUCACAAACGUGCUAAUAUCCAAAAUGGAAUAACUAAUCAAAGAUUCUCGCUGAAAUAUUUUGAAGAAAAUCAACAGUGCCCUCUUGACAACUAUUACUGGGAACUGAUCAACAAACACAGGAGCCCUUUGAAGUGUGUUCCUUUGGAUUGGGAGACAGGAUUGAGAGGAGAAGAUCAGAGCAUGCUUGAAGAUAGGAGGGACGCAAUGCCACAUUUCCCAGAAGGUAACGUCCUUCUUUAGGAUGGCAGGUAGCCAAGAUCCUGGCCACUCUUGCAACGUGGCCAAACGGGGCCACCAAACCCACGCCGUGGGGUGAUGGAUUGUAGCUGAUGAAAACAUGACUUCUGACCGAGGCUUCCCCAGCAGCACGAAGCCCAGCCCUCGUCCCGAUAAACCCCUUUUAUUUAAUUGACAGUGAAUUCCUCUCCAGCAAAGUCUUUCCUCUCCCACUGUCUUUCAAGAUAAUUCACAAUUACC